CAUGCUGAGCCAGCAUUUGUGGCCUCAUCAUGAGACGCCGCCCAGCAUCACAAGUUUCCAGACCCAGACAUUUUUACAUUUGAUAUACGCCCAGAAAAAAACCAAUCUACUAUCCCCUAAUUAUCAGCCACUUUGUCAUGCAAAACAUGCCGCAGUGUCUUUAUCUGUCAUGCGAAAAAUACGUACAUCAUGGUGAUCGACGGUUUUUUUCCUCGUCAUCCGAGAUUUGAACUCCGAACGGCGAGCGCCAUCCGGGAAUCUGGGGUGCACAACAUUCCCUUCGUGGGCUAUCCGGUGCAAAACAAGUAUCGUACUCGAAGUACUAAUUAUUCGCACACCAGCUGCAGCGUUGCAUCGAAAAUAUCCUCCUACCUUAAGCUAUCAAAAUGGCACCAUUGUAAAGUCAACAUUCAGCUUUGUUCAUCUUUUUAUUGAGGUGCAAUUUUGUCCAGAACAGUUCUUGCUCCUAGUACGAUACAAGUUUUGCAAUGCAUACAUGGGUAAGCGGACCAAGUGACAGUUCUAUCAAAUGUAAAAAUGUCUGGGUCUGGAAGCUUGCCUGGUUUGUCAUGCAUAUUUUGAAAGACUAAUGAUGUCUGUGAUGCAUGCUCUCGCAUGACAGAUUUUUAGAGGCCUUUGUGAUGCCUCUACCGCAUGAGAAAUGCCCUCUCCGGGUAGCACAAACUGGAGUUCUGUUGCUGGUCAUGCAAUGCAAAUUUUUUUAGAAUCCAGAGACAGCAUCACAAGUUCCAAACUUCCAGACCCAGACAUUUUUACAUUUGAUAAGUUCGUCCAAGGGACCAAUGGGCCGGACGAUGAGCACCAGGGCGCGGUACCAUUAGGUGUCUCAGUGAAGUUUGAUUUUUGCGAUCUUUCUAGGGUAAUCGUUAUGAUCAACUCCGUAUAGCAUUGGCAAUAGCUUGUGAUGCUAGUACUUCUACUUUUUGGAGAGAACCUGCAAUAUUGGAGGAUGUCAAGAAUCAGCGAACUGAUGUAGUUCCUACGGACGAAUCAACUAUCGAAUAACUAAUCGAACAAGAACUACACAAUGUGCGAGGGCCUUUUGGAGAUGAACAACAACGAGUAAAAGGUUUCAGAAAUUUACUAACGCAUCGAACUCCGUCCUCGUCAACCGCUGGGUAUAAAACUACUGGCGGUUCUUGAUUUUUGCAGCGGUGGUGGAUUUAAAAGGAUACAACUCUGGAACAAACAAGCAUCGGCAUAGAAACUAAUAAUCUGCAAAAGCGACCCAGAUCAU